GAAAACCCAUAUACCGGCUUGAUCCAAAACUUCUGUGGCCCAUAGAAGUUUUCAAUAGUAGUCGUUUAAUCCUGACUGUGGUCCACUUGAGCCUUGGAUUUGCCUCGUUUUGGGCUCAUUUCCUAAAACGAUAUGGUAAAAUGGAUGGACGGUGUAGAUAAAAUCCAUACAUCAUGGUGGCCCCUCAGAGCUCCUGUCUGUGCAGAGCUCUGACGGGUAGUACCCAAUCCGUGUCCCUCUAUAAGCAUCCAUCCUAAUAUUGGUGGUGACUCGUCCUCAUCAUAAGUGGCACUAAUGUACAACUAUUCAAACCAUCCAAAAUCUAAGAAAUCAUAAUUAUUAAGCAAUCCUAACCAUCCGAUCAACGGCUAUCAAAUGGAUAGUUAAAAGUAUAAACAGUGGGUGGUCCAAAUUACAUGGGAAAAAUCAGAUGGUUUAUAUUAUCUUGUCCGUUCAAAUUUUAGAUUGUGCUCUAUCCACAGUGGAUUUAAAUUUGAUUAUAUGAACGGUCCGUAUUUCUGUACAACUACGCCAUGUUUUCGUUCCUGAGUAGUGAAAACUACAGGUUUGGCAUCCCGCAGGAGUACUGAAAAUCGUGUUCCGCUUGUAUUUGGAACGCAAUGGUACUGCAAAUCAUGUUCCGCGGCAAAACCUACUCCAAUAAAUACCCUCCAUUCAUUGGCGCCUCAAAAAAUUCAAAAUCUCUCUCUCUCUCUCUCUCUCUCUCUCUCUCUCUCUCUCCAUGGGAGAUUUCGCAGCUCCUUCAUUCUCUCUCGGAAUCGAUUUCGAUCCGGACGAAUCUCUUCACCAGCCAUCCACAGAAACUCCAAUCAAUGUAUCAUCUCAGUCCGUCAAAGAUGACAGCGAAGAUGACAGAGAUUUCCAUCCCGAAACCCUAGAUCCAGACUUGCCUCCUGUCCUCAAGCGCCUGAAGCGAGGGUCUCCGGUUCCUUCAUCGGCCAUCAGCGAGAAACAAUCCCCACAUGAGCUCUCGAACGCCGAUGACGAUAUUGAAGAGUUCUCUUCUCAGGAAGAUCGACAGAAAGAAGAACAUUUGUCAAUACAAAAUCGUUCUGCGUGUAGCAGUUCAAAGUUCUCCCUGCAGAGUCAGAGGGUCCUGACUACUCAAUCAGCAAUCAAAUCCAAUACCCAGGAAAAGAAACAAGCUUCUAAUGCCUCAACUUCUGCAAGUUUAGAAGAAAGUGGCAACAAGUUUGCCUUUCCAAAGUUAACUAUAAGCCCUCUUAGAAAAUUCCAGCUACUGGAUUCUGAUACUGACGAACCUUCUUCCUGUGAAAACCAACCCAAAAACAUUAAAAGGGCUGAUGCAUACACAAAGGAGAGGCCGUGUGGCCCUACCCAGUCCAUAACUGGGAAUCAACAGAAGAGAGCAAAAACCUCAUCAAGUAUGCUCCAAACUGAAAGUUUAUGGAAGGAUUUCAGUCCAAAGAAAAACAAAUUGGAAACACCUGCUUUGGAUGAGUUCUGUCAAGAAUAUUUCAGAUCUUUGAAGGAUAAUAAUGUGAGUGAUGGUAAGGAAGGAGAUAUGAGAGCUAAUAGGUCUAAGGCACUUGCUGAAGACAGUCUUUUGAAUGAAACAAUGGGUUGUUUUCUGAAAAACAAUAUCCGUGAAAAUGUAAAGGAAUGUGGUAGUCAGCCCAAUCAUCUUCCUCCUGCUUAUCGCUAUUUUUGCCACAAUGAUCCAAGAGUUCAGAAGCUAGUCCGCCACCGCUUGCCCAAUUUUUUUCCUAUUGUUACUUCGGGCCACAGAGGACAGCAGCAGUAUGAACCAGCAGUUAUUGAUUAUAUGAGUCAAUUUGGCCACACCGAUGUUUCUAGAAAAGUUUCUGCUCAAGCAUAUGGGACUGGGAACAAAGGCCUUGGAGGAAGCUCAAAGAAGAGCAAGAAGAAUCUAAAGAAUGCAAGUGCUCCAGGGGUCUCACAAGAUUCUGGGAGUUGGUUGAACCCAAGAAGCUGUGAUAACAUCCCUAGGGAUGCUGGAAAAAGACGAGUUCAUGCAGAUGCUCACGCUGCUGGUCAUUGGUAUACUGGUCAAGAUGGAAGAAAGGUUUAUGUCAACAAGAAUGGGCAAGAGUUGACUGGUCAAAUGGCCUAUCGGCAAUACAGGAAGGAGAGUGGUGCAGGAUUCAGGAAGUCAAAAAAGAAAGCUGCUGAAAAGAAGAGUUCGAAGCGAUGAGAGAGGAAGAGAGAGAUGUGGAUGUGGGUUACUAUAAUUAGAUUUUAAUUGUUGUAUAUAUAUGUAUAAAUGCAUCAAAAUCGUUAAUUGAGUCACUGAGUUUCAAGACCAGCUGCUAAUGAGUGUCUCUAUUCUUCCGCAUUUUCUCACCAUCUUGUAAGCUUAUUCUACAGUUUUGUAUAAGCCCCACCGUGGGGCUUGCA